GUGCGCACCGCACCGCUCCGCACCGCGCCCGCUCCCCCCGGCGCUGCGGCAGCAUGCGGGGCUGCGGCGGGCGCCGCGCCCUGCUGGCCCUGCUGGCCCUGCUGGCCCUGCUGGCCCUGCUCCUGCCCGCCGCCGCCGCCGGCCCCGGGCCCGCCGCCGGCCCCGCCACCGGCCCCGGGCCCGCCGCGGCGGGGGAGAGCCCCGGCAAUUUCAUGGAGGACGAGCAGUGGCUCUCCUCCAUCUCUCAGUACGGCGGCAGGAUCAAGCACUGGAACCGCUUCCGAGACGAGGUGGAGGAUGACUACAUCAAGAGCUGGGAAGACAACCAGCCCGGGGACGAAGCCCUGGACACCACGAAGGACCCCUGCCAGAAGGUGAAGUGCAGCCGGCACAAGGUGUGUGUGGCACAGGGCUACCAGCGCGCCAUGUGCAUCAGCCGCAAGAAGCUGGAGCACAGGAUCAAGCCGCUGGGCCCCAAGGCGCACGGGGGCUGCAAGCCCUGCCACGCCGCCCCGCUGGCCGCAGUCUGCGGCUCCGACGGCCACACCUACAGCUCGGCGUGCAAGCUGGAGCAGCAGGCGUGCCUGGCCAGCAAGCAGCUGACGGUGCGGUGCGAGGGGCAGUGCCCCUGCCCGACCCCGCACGGUCCCGCUGGCGACGGAAAGCAAGACUUGUGCACCGGGCAGGAUCUGGCCGACCUGGGCGACCGCCUGCGCGACUGGUUCCAGCUCCUGCGGGAGAACGCCAAGCAGAACGGCUCCGGAGGGCUCCCCGCCAGCCCCGCCACUGCGCUGGAGAGGAGCGUGGCAGCCACCUGCAAGGAGGCGGUGGGGUGGAUGUUCGCCCGGCUGGACACGAGCGGGGACAUGUUCCUGGAGGCGGCCGAGCUGGGCGCCAUCAACCUGGACAAGUACGAGGUUUGCAUCCGCGCCUUCUUCAACUCCUGCGACACCUCCAGGGAUGGCCGAGUCUCCGCGCCAGAGUGGUGCUUCUGCUUCUGGAGGGAAAAGCCGCCCUGCCUCCGGGAGCUGGAGAAGAUUCAGAUCCAAGAAGCCACCAAAAAAAAGCCGGGCACCUUCAUCCCCAGCUGCGAUGAGGAUGGGUACUACCGGCGGGCACAGUGCGAGCCGGGCGGCGGCGAGUGCUGGUGCGUGGACCAGCACGGGGCCGAGCUGACGGGCACCCGCGGCCAUGGCAGCCCCGACUGCGAUGAGGCAACGGGGUUCUCGGGAGACUUCGGGAGCAGCGUGGGCUGGGAGGACGAGGAGGAGAAGGAGCCAGAGGAGGCGGGCGAGGAAGGCGAGGAAGAGGAGGGCGAAGCGGGCGAGGGUGACGACGGCGGCUACAUCUGGUAGAGGAGCGGGAGAGCCCGGUGGGCGGCACGGCCGGGAGGCAGCCCCCCAGCUGGGGGUCCCUGUGACCCCCCCGCUGCCGGUGUGGCGAGGGGUGGGUGCGUCUCCCCCGGCCCCGUGCGGGACGGGGUGUCGGGGUGCUCGCCCAGGGAGGGGGCGAGCGGGGCGGGGGGGGGGGCCG